AGUGUUGUGAAACGUCAGAAUACCCACUUGUAAAGUAUUUAAGCAUUUUAAAUAUUAUCUAAAUACUAUCACCAUAUUGAAGAAAGUUUGGAAAAUAGGGGGAAAAAGUUACUCAUAGUUGUACCACCAUUAAACAAAGUACUGUUAGCAUUAUGGUGCUGGAGUUUUCCUCCUUGUGCUUGUACCUUCUGAUAUGUAGUUCGUGAUAUUAGAUUGUGUAUACAAUUUUAUAUCUUGCUUUUUUCACUUAUUUCAUAGGCAUUUAUCCAUGUUUUAAGUCUUUGUAGUCACUUUUAAUAUUUCAUAAUCUAAUACUCCAUAAUCUACUUACCCCAUUCUCUUUUGUAAAUCAUUUGAAUCAUCAUAAAUUAGAAUCUUAAAUAUCAGGAAUGAGGUGUGUGCUUGUCCAGACACUAACUUACCUUCCACCCAAGCCAUUUCUGUCUGGCUUCCCCAGUUUAUUUUAGUGGCAUGACAUAGGCCUGGCAGUUUAUAUUAGUGGUAUGACUCAGGGUCUUCCCUACUAUAUCCCUGACUGCCCCUUUUUUCUCACUUUCUUUCUCCCUGGUCACUUCUACUUUGUGCUGCUGUCAGACUGGAUGGUUUGCCACUUUCCAGCUUUUUCUGACCUUUGCUUUGUAUUCUUUGUUUCCAUCCUCUCUAAAGAGCAGCAUUUAACAGACUUUGGAACCAGGAUUCUUGCAUUAUAUUCUAUUUCCACUUCCACUAGGCGUGUGUCCUUUGGCAAAUUAAAUAAUCUUUUGUACCUCAAUCUCCUUAUCUCUAAAAUGGGAGUAAUAGAAAGAUCUGCAGUCCCUUACUUGCACUCCUUGGGCUGGAUGUUUCAGAAUUUAGAGUUUUGGGGACUUUAAAAAGGUAAUAUGAUGCAUAUACUUUUUAAUGUAGUGCACUCGAGAGAUGUGGGCAACACUGAUAGUCAAACACAUUCAUAGUUUUGCAGCAAAACAAAUGAGUAUUUGCAACAAAUGGGAUAAAAAGCGUAACUCAAUUUAGAUGAGUUGCCACCAGAUGAAUCUCAGCACUGUGCUCAAGGAAAAAAAUGUUGGUUUGGAUUCACCUUUUUUGGAAUCCAGGAUUAUGGAUAAGGAAUUGAAGACAUAUCUGGAAUCCAUCUUGCGGGGUUGCUGUGAGGAUUAAGUGGAUGUGUGUGCGCAUUUAUGGAUCUAUGUUUGCACUUAUACCAAGUAAAGCUUGUCUUAUAUGUCACCAGUGGCUGCUGCCAGUGCUGUUGUUACCAUUACUGUUAUUACUAAACUUUUGCCCAUCCUUCAGGGAACAUCUCAAAUUCCACCUUUCUUUCUUUUUCUCUCCCGUGUCUCCCCAGUGUGAUUUCACUCACUUGCGUGCUCUCUUGCUCUCGCUCUCUCUUUCUCUCUCUCUUUUUCCCGUUCUGCCUCUCCCCUCCUCUUAACCCUUUGGCUAUCUUCUGGUAAUUUAUACCUUUCUUUUGGUGAUUCUGUCUUGCAUUUGUAGCUGUUGAAACAUCUAAUGGUAAGACCGAGGACAAGUCUAAGGUCUUUGAGUUACACAACUCUGGGUGGUAGUUGGUGCUCCUGGAGUUGUGGAGUGCCCUGACAAGGCCCAUCUUAUUUAUCCUUGAUUCCCCUGAAUCCCUUAAAACAGGGCAUUGCACAUAACAGAUGCUCAGUGAAGACAUGUUGAACUUGAUUGAAUGUCACAAAGGGCACAAAUAGUAUUCCUUUAAGAUAAUUGUCAUAUAAUUUUGUGCAUUCAUACGUGACUUCUCAGUAGACUAAGCUCCUUAUGUGUAGAGAUUCAGUUUUUUCUUCUUUGGAAGCACAUGAUAUUUCAGAGAAGACAGGAGGUGCUCAUGGAACAUUUGCUUAACAAAUAAGUGCAGAGUCAUGACAGUGAUUCAGUAGUAGGUUUGAUGUGGGGAGUUGGUGUACUUAUUCCAUAAAGAAAUCCUAAUUUUAUUUUGUGUCUUGAUUUUUGUGGUGGGUGGGACUGAGCAGCGAACAAGGAGAGCCUGCCGGAACUGAGCACAGCUCAGCAGAACAAGCUGAAACACCUCACCAUCGUGAGCUUGGCGUCAAGGAUGAAGAAGAUACCACUCCACUGUAUGUCUGAGUUCUCUGCCCCACUCGAUUUAGAAGACGUGCAACCAGCUGCUCAUAGCCAUUAACAAAGAUGAUACAGUGUAUUCCCUACUCCGUGCUGCUGAAGGACCUGGAGAUGCGGAAUCUCCGGGAACUGGAAGACCUUAUCAUCGAGGCUGUCUACACCGAUAUCAUUCAGGGCAAGCUGGACCAGCGAAACCAGCUGCUCGAAGUGGAUUUCUGCAUUGGCCGUGACAUCCGAAAGAAAGAUAUCAAUAAUAUUGUCAAGACCUUGCAUGAAUGGUGUGACGGCUGCGAAGCAGUCCUGCUGGGCAUCGAGCAGCAAGUUCUGAGAGCCAACCAGUACAAGGAGAACCACAGCCGGACUCAGCAGCAGGUAGAGGCAGAGGUUACCAACAUCAAGAAGACACUCAAAGCUACCGCGUCCUCCUCAGCUCAGGAGAUGGAGCAACAGUUGGCUGAACGAGAGUGUCCCCCUCACGCUGAGCAGAGGCAGCCCACUAAGAAGAUGUCCAAAGUGAAAGGUCUGGUCUCCAGCCGCCACUAGGGCUGGCUGGGGCAGCUGGCACUCACCAGGCCUGGGUCAGGUGGGGAGGGGACACCAAGGGCCUAUUUCCUCCCCUUUCUACCUUCCGUGAGUUCCAGACCUGCCCGUCCCCUCACCAGCGCCUCCCCCACGUUGGUACUGUUCCAGAAGAACCGUCAACUCCCUUCCCUCACCUACUCGCCCUUCCCCAGUUGCUCCCUUCAGUCUCAGGGGCUCUACGGAUGCCAUCCCAACAGGGCCAGACACUGCCCAGCUUCCCUCCAGGAGGUUCUUGUCUCUGUCUAAGGGCUUGUCUCCCUCCCAGUUUUUCUUUUGCUUCAUGUCAUUUUGUCAGGCUGGUCAUAAGCUGGAAGCAGCUUUAACUGGCCCACAGGGAUGGCUGUGAAGGAGGCCCCUCUCUGAGUGAGGGGGGCUGUUCUUCUCCAGCCCCAUGUACCACAGUACCCACAAUGGUGCAGGCGCCCUUUAGCCAGGUAUCAAAAUGCUUUGUUUUCCCUCUCCUACCUUAUCCCCUGUUGGCAGCUCUGAUCAGGCCAUGGAGGGAUGUGAUGCUGGGCUAUGUUUACUAAACCUGCGGGUUUUCAGCCUCUUAAGCCCAGCUCCAGCCCCUCAUUAGUUGGGAACACUGGGCUGACUAACAUCUGGUAUCUGAGCAUCAGUGGAGGGGGCUAUGGGUCUGCUGGGUGGCGGAAGUUUCUUCUAGCUUGGUGUUCUCUGCUGGCCACACUUCCUGCUGCCUCUGACUACUCAGACUGGUUUUUGGUGUGAAGGCCCCAGUGGCCCACUGGGGCUGUCUGCCAACACUUGCUCUCCCAAGAUCUUUAAUUCCUCCUGGCUGCAUCCAUGGUGGGGAUGGUGGUGUCGAGGCCUGUCUGUCUGGUGAAGGAUCUGUUGCUGCUUCUGUUUCUUUCUUCCCACACUCCCUGGCUGGUGACCCAGAGCCCUUUAAUGAUGGCAUUCUCCUGGCAAGAGAAAAGGACUUGACUAGCCUUUCUGAACUUGAACAGUUUCAGGUUAUAUUUUAAUUUUUUUUUUGUACAGGUUCUGAUUCUAAUACAUUUCAACAUGCUUUUUUUC